AGCCCCCGACCCCUCCCUCUUCUCUUUCGCUUCGCCCCCACUCUUCACUCCCCUCCCCACCCCCACCCAUCAAUUUCUUCGUCCGUCUCGUGUUAAGCCGCCCCUCCACUGGCGACAACCAAACCCUAGGCCGCCGCCGCCCCGGGAGGCCACCAGGGGGAGGAAAAAGGAAGAGGAGGAGAUCGGAAGUGGGAGAGGGAUUUAUGUCCCAGCGAGGGGACAGGGGCGAGGGGCACGCGAGGAGACCCGGCCGGUCCAGCAGCUUCGGCGGCGGCCACCGCGGAGGCGGAGGAGUCGGCGGCGCGGGCAAGGGCGGCGGGGGCUCCUCCGGCCAGCCUCCCCUCGCAACUAACCGCAGCUUCAGGAAGUCCGGCAAUGGCCAUGGCGGGCACCAGAGGGCUGUGAGCCAACCCGACACGCACGGCUUCCAGCCUGCACCUGCCCCGACCGCUCUGCAGACGCCGCCGCUGCGCCCGCCGGCACCUCAGAAUGCGCCGGCGCAUGUCCCUGUUCCCGCACCACGUCCUCAGCACCAUGAUCCGUCUGGAGCGCGAGCACCCACCCUACCACCUUCCAGCGAGAACACGGCCAAUGCGCCACCACUGAAAGGUAUUCCUCAUGCCGCUCCAAGGGCACCAUCAAGGAUUUCAAGCACGUCCACUUCACAAGGAGCACCAAAAGGUGGAGCAUAUAAUCUUCAGUUUGGCAGUUUCCCAAUGAAUGGUGGAACUGGUGGUAGCACAAUGCAAUUCCCUGCCAGGACAAGCUCAGCUCCUCCUAAUUUGGAUGAGCAAAAACGCAUGCAGGCCCUCCCUGAAGGUCAUAAGGUUGUACCUUCUGGGCUUGUUCCACAAGCUCCAAAACAUCAGCAGCAACAGCAGCCGUUGCAGCAGCAGAAGCAACAGCCGCAGUCACAGCCACCACUGCAGCAAACAAGAAAGGAUGUUGUUAGUUCUAAUCAUUCAUCGAAACCUAUCAACCCUCACAUUCCUUCCCAAGUUAAGAGCUCUGUGCAUGUCUCACCAUCCGUGCCCAAUGUUGCACCACCAAGACCCCCUGUUCAGCAGAUACCUGGGAUGCCCAUGUCAAUGCCAUUUCACCACCAGGCACCCUUGCAGUUUGGCGGUCACAACCCACAAAUUCCACCACAGGGAGUUGUGCCCAGUUCACUACAAAUGUCUAUGGGAUUGCAUGGCGCCAACGCACCCCAGGUUGCACAGCAAAUGUACAUCCCUACCAUUCAGCACCAUCAUCAACUGCAACCGCCAACAAUGAUGCAUCAAGCAGCAGGUAUACCUUAUGGUCCAGCUGCUCAUCAACUCACUCAGAUGAGUGGUAUGAUGAAUGUGGGGGUGGCACCUCAGUUUACUCCACAACAGCCAAAUAAGUAUGUUACAGGCCCAACUCGGAAGACCACAGUCAAAAUUACUCAUCCAGAUACUCAUGAAGAAUUGAAGCUCGAUAAGAGGAUGGACUCUUCUGGGCAAAGGGGUUUACCUAGUGUACAACAACAAUCCCAGCCGGUCAGUACUUAUGGAUCUCCUAUGGGCUUCUACCAGCAAAAUUCGUAUAACCAGUCAACUAUGUUUUACCCCACAACCUCUGGUGUCGGUCAGGUUCCCACUGUAUCACAGGGUCCUAGGUUUGUAUCCACACAAACAGUUUCAUACAUCAGCCCAUCGAUGAACACAGGUCCUGGCAGUAACAAGGACAACCUAGCAGGGUCUACAACAUCUGGACACUCCCAAGUCACAGGCAAACCACACCCAGCUGGUUUGCACAUGGAGAAAUCCGGGGUACAAACGGUCACGAUAAGUGCGCCGCCUGGUAAAUCAGAUGUGAACAAGUUAAAACCAGCUGAAGAUGUUGUAUCACAUCGACAAAAGGAUAAUGAAGCUGUUUCUGGGGUCCGUAAAUCAGGUGAAAAUGAGAGCAAAGCUUCACCGAUCACGGAGAAGCAUCCCACACCAGUGAGCCAACCCUUACAAGCUCUAGCUGCAAAUCCAGAAACUACAGCAGCUGCAUCUUUUGUUGUGAAUUCUGUUCCUGGAGAUGAUGGAAAAAGCAAAGAAUCUAUUCAAAGAACUGGAUCAUUUAAGGAUAGCAAUAAGAACGCCACUAAGGACACCAGGAAUUUAUCACAAGAACCACAGUCAGCUUCAUCUGCUGAAGAUUUAAAGGUGCAUACUUCUGUAAAGGAUGUAUGUUGUGGUGUUAGUCUCAUGGAAUCCAAGGGUGUGAAUAAAGAGUCUGAACAGACCAAUGCAGCUUCCGCUUCACCGACUGAAAUGUUAAAAGCUGCUGAUGCUUCUAGCAUUGAUAGGAGCUCUGCAAGAUCGACCUCUGAGAGCACUGAGAAUGUUCAAGAAGUAGGAAAAUCUGAUGUUGCUAUUGGUGAUUCUGAGAAAAGUGGAAUAACUAACAAAGUUUCACCAGAUCUUACAAAGGAUGAUAUUUCUUCUGGUUCAACUGGGAAUGAAUCACAUGAAGUUUGCACGCUAGAUUUGGCGGAGCAAUUACCUGUGGGAGCUUCUAAUCCUGAUAAUUUAGAUACUGCAACUUCUGUAACUGACCAGGGACAGCUUCUCAAAGAACCCAGCUCAUCAGUAUCUGAUGAGAAUGUUAUUAUGGACAGAUCGCAUCAGAGUGCUGAAAAAAUGUCAGAUUUGGUUGAUGACACUGUUGCUUCUGUUGCCAGUUCUGAAACUUUGCCAGAAUCUAUAAUUCAAAAUGCCAAUGCUAAAGGUAACACAAGUGGUAAUCAGGAAACAGGGUCUGCUACAUCUAGCAAUAUUCUUAAUGUGUUGCCGGUACCUCAUUCAGUGGCAUCAGAGGAUCCACUGAAACCAGAAAGUAUGUUAAAGGAUCAAUCGAGUAGUGCACCAGCAGCCUCUGCUCGACCAGUUUCAAGGGAAAAACCUAGCGUGGAAAUUACCAGAACAAAGUUUACAGCUGUGAAAAAGAAGAAAAGAAGAGAAAUGCUUUCAAAAGCUGAUGCUGCCGGGAGCUCAGAUCUUUAUAAUGCAUACAAGGGACCUGAGGAAAAAGUAGAUUUCAUUGGUGCCUCAGAGAGUCUUGAUAGUUCUUCAAUUGCUGAUCAUGAGCUACCAGACGAGUCCUCCGAAAAGGAGGUUAAUAUGGGUGAGGACGAGGGAAAGAAAAAGGUUGAGCUUGAUGAUUGGGAAGACGCUGCAGAAAUGUCUACUCCAAAGUUGGAGAGGUCUGAUUCCAGCAAUCAAACAACCGAAGCUAAUGGGAGGAAGAGAUAUUCACGCGAUUUUUUGCUAACUUUAGCACAGAGUUGUACUAAUCUUCCUGUUGGUUUCCAGAUGAUUGAGUACGCCAGCGUUCUGUUCCCUAAUUUGGCCGGAAAGUCUUAUGUUGUUGAUCACCCAAGUCCUGGAAGGGGAGCUGACAGGCCAGCAUCUCGUGGUGAUCGCCGUGGUGUUGUCAUUGAGGAUGAUAGAUGGGGAAAGUCGGGCCAUCUUUUUGGUUCUGGUCGUGAUAUGUCCAUGGACAAUGGCCCUCCAACUAUGAAUCACCGUGGUGCUCCAGGAGUUAUGAGGAAUCCACGAGGUGGGCUUAUUAAUGUAGGACCGGUUGCACCUCAAAUGUCUCGAAGUGGCUCUGAUGCAGAUAGAUGGCAGCAGAAGGGUAUAUUCCCAUCUCCUGUUACACCCAUGCAAGUAAUGCACAAAGCAGAGAAAAAAUAUGUCGUUGGCAAAGUUUCUGACGAGGAAGAAGCUAAGCAGAGGCAACUGAAGGCAAUACUUAACAAAUUGACGCCACAGAAUUUUGAAAAGCUUUUUGAAAAAGUUAAAGAGGUGAACAUUGACAAUGUGGCAACUCUUACUGGGGUCAUUUCACAGAUAUUUGACAAAGCUUUGAUGGAACCAACAUUCUGUGAAAUGUACGCUAAUUUUUGUUUCCAUUUGGCUGGUGCACUGCCAGAUUUUAGUGAGGAUAAUGAAAAAAUUACAUUCAAGAGAUUGCUUUUGAACAAAUGUCAGGAGGAAUUUGAGAGGGGUGAAAGAGAAGAAGCUGAAGCAGACAAAACUGAGGAGGAAGGUGAGAUUAAGCAAACUAAAGAGGAAAGGGAAGAGAAAAGAAUCCGUGCUCGAAGGCGCAUGCUUGGGAACAUUAGGUUGAUUGGGGAAUUGUACAAAAAGAGGAUGUUGACAGAACGCAUCAUGCAUGAAUGCAUUAAAAAAUUGCUGGGAAAUUAUCAGAACCCUGAUGAAGAGAACAUUGAAGCACUGUGCAAAUUGAUGAGCACAAUUGGAGAGAUGAUAGACCAUGCAAAGGCUAAGGAGCAUAUGGAUGCGUACUUUGAUAUAAUGCUGAAGCUUUCAACAAGUCAGCAAUUAUCUUCCCGUGUUAGGUUCAUGCUGAGAGAUUCAAUUGAUCUCAGGAAAAAUAAAUGGCAGCAAAGGCGUAAGGUGGAAGGCCCAAAGAAAAUUGAUGAGGUGCACAGGGAUGCAGCUCAGGAACGACAUGCUCAGUCGAGUAGGUUAGCUCGUGGCUCAGUUGUUGGUUCUGGUCCAAGGCGAGGAGCUGCACCUAUGGAUUAUGGUCCUCGUGGCUCAGCAGCAGCAUUGGCUUCUCCAAGUUCUCAGCAAGUUGGCCAUAGAGGAAUGCCUUCGCAUUCCCGAGGGUUUGGUACCCAAGAUAUCCGGUUUGAAGAAAGGAGUCCUUUGGACCAUAGAACAACUGUCCUUCCUCCGCGUAAGGAUGAAGCCAUCACUCUUGGGCCACAAGGUGGCCUAGCAAGGGGUAUGUCUAUAAGAGGGCAGCCACUGAUAUCAAAUGCUGAGCUUUCUUCUGCUGAUAGUCGCAGGAUGGUAUCUGGUCCCAACGGGUAUAAUUCUGCUUCAACUGCAAGAGAGGAACCUGGCUCGAGAAUUCCUGAUCGCUCUGGAAGAAUAGCACCAAAUACACAGUUUGCUGGACCAUCGAACAGGCCUGCCAGCCAAGAGGGCCGUUCAGGGAAUAAAUUAUACUCUGAGGAUGAUUUAAGAGAGAAAUCUAUUUCCGCCAUCCGGGAAUAUUACAGUGCAAAAGAUGAGAAAGAGGUUGCUUUGUGUAUUGAGGAGUUGAAUGCUCCAAGUUUCUAUCCCUCUGUCGUAUCACUGUGGGUAAAUGAUUCUUUUGAGAGGAAAGAUAUGGAAAGAGAGUUGUUGACAAAGCUUUUCGUUAGUCUUUGCAACAGUCGAAAUAAUUUAUUGAGCAAGUCUCAUCUCACUGCAGGACUUGCGACUGUCCUUGGUUCAUUGGAAGAUGCUCUAAGUGAUGCUCCAAGAGCUGCAGAGUAUCUUGGACGGCUUCUUGCAAGGUUUGUGGUAGAAAGCAUAUUGUCCUUGCAGGAGGUGGGUACAUUGAUUGAAAAAGGUGGAGAAGAACCUGGAGAGCUUGUACAUCAUGGCAUUGGAGCUGAUGUCCUUGGUGCAGUUCUAGAGUCGAUCAAAGUAGAAAAGGGGGAUUCAUUCUUGAAUGAGGCCAAGGCAAGCUCCAACCUCAAGUUGGAGGAUUUUAGACCACAGCAUCUCAAGAGAUCGAAGUUGGAUGCCUUCAUGAAAGCAUAAAGAAGCUUUGUUACUAGCUUACCGAUUCAUGGGUGUUGGCACCAUGGAGUUUUUGGCAUCAGACCAGCCUUUUUUUUAUUGACAACUGGAAAGGCCCAUCAGAUGCUGCCCCUACUUGGCAUGCACCCAUUAAUUCUUCCAGGAGCUCAUGCUGUGUGAAUUUUCUUCAUCCUGUUCAGAGUUGGUUCUGAUGGUAAAUUAUGGAAUUGUCCUCGAUGUUUGUUGCCAAUAGUUAGUCCCAUUUCGAGUCGGCCGUAGCGAGUAUCAGGGUUAUUUUUUUGUGAUCACAGGGGGGAGAAGUCUUUCUAACCAAUGUUUGUUGGGAGUAGGGAGAAUUCUAGGUUCACAGCUUGAUGCCUCCCGUGGCUUCUGACCAAUAUUUCAUUGUGAUAAGACUUUGUAGUUGCUUAUAACUUAUCGGCAUUUUCCUGAUAGCCAAAUGUUUCACAUGACUCACCUACCACUGCCUUUUGUUUAAAUCUUGCUGUACGUAUUUCUGUCGCUCUUUUACUUGGUAUAUAUGUUUGUGUGUAUUUCUUGGACC